AUGGAACACCGCCGCUCUAAGCACUCCUCCGCCUCCUCCAUUACGGCUGCUCCACCAAUCUGCGGCGGCGGCGCAGCUUCAGUAGCAGUCACCGCUGCCAAGAAAAAGAAGAAGAGGGAAUCUGCGUUAGCUGCAGAGGAGGACGUCAAUGGCGGCAGGCACAGCAAGGGGGCGUGCUCCUACCGCGGGGUGCGGAUGCGGAGCUGGGGCAAGUGGGUUUCGGAGAUCCGAGAGCCCAGGAAGAAGUCCCGCAUCUGGCUUGGCACCUUCGCCACCGCCGAGAUGGCCGCUCGCGCGCACGACGCCGCCGAGCUCGCCGUCAAGGGCCCCGCCGCCGCCGUCCUCAACUUCCCCAACCUCGCCCCCCGCCUGCCCCGCCCCGCCACCGUGCACCCCAACGACGUGCGGGCCGCCGCCACCCUCGCCGCCGUCUUCCCCAGCCACGAUGACUAUCCCGAACCCGGCGGCGAACCCAGCAAUAAGCUCAACGGCAUCGGCAGCGACUGCGACGGCGGGCUCUUCGACCUCCCCGACCUCUUUCUCGAUCUAAGGCACGAGUUCUGCUACGGCUCGUGGUCGACGUGUCUGCCGGCGCCGUCAGCCCCCAUCACCAGCGGCCAUAUGGAGUCGACGGCGGACGAGGAACCAGUCUUAUGGGAAUACUGA